UAAGACCCAACAUAGUCCAUUGUGUUGCGUGCAAUUCUCUUGUAUAAAUUCUUCUAUAAACGUGUGGAGCAUGGUCUUUCUCCACACGCAUUCUCUCACUGAUCACCAAAAGCACGGAAAAGAUCAUUUUCACACUUACAACAACAACACUGCCACCGGGUCCGGAAAGAACGAUUACAACAUUAUCACAAAACAUGCCGCCCCAUCUUCCUCCCCAGAGUGAGGAGUCCGAUCAAGAAUUCUCGCAGACAUCCGAUCAAAAUAACUAUGAAGUAUCCGAUUCGCAAUCCGAUCAAGAAUUCUCUCAAGACCUCGAUCUGGAAAUCCGCCAAACCAAACGCUCCACCCUCCGCGCCCUCUGCGACGAACUCUACAACGACAUGUUAAUCCAGCGCACGCUCAUUAAACUCCACGAAACUAAGUUCAAAUCUGGCAAAGCCUUUGAAAAGCACUGCGACAAGACGAUCGAGCAAUGGUACAUCACUGCUGAUUUCAUCCGGCAUGUUAAGGAUGAAGGAGAUCUCAUGGAUGAGGAUGAGCUGGAUGAUGAUCUAGCGAAGGGUGAGGGGUUGAGGAUGAAGAAUAAGUCCAAUAGUAUGGUGAUUCAGCACCACAGCCGACCCACCAUACCGAAGCACAUACUCUUCAGGGAGCGGGGGCCAUCUAGCCAUCGAAUCCGGAAAAGGUCGUGGGAUGAUCGCAGGGCUAAGUUCGUCUCUCGUUUACGCCGACCAAAAUUCGGCCACGAGAGUGAUCCGAUUCGGACGCUCGGCGCAGUGCGCGGCAAGGAAUCGAUAGCUGCUGCUUCCAGUUCGUGAAGCUGCUAUUCGUGAGAGACGAAGAACUUACCGCUUAGCUAAGUAGUAACCUUGGAAAUCAGAUCAUGGGCUCAUACUUUGUGUAGAUUAGGCUAGAUGCCUUUAAUAAUCAACUGAUU